AUGUACGGAGAACCUGGUCUGGAGUCUGUGCUACUGGACGUAGACAAUACUCUCAGCCGCGUAAUCGAGGCAUUGCGUCAAUGGGAGUCUUUAUCUCCCUACCAAGCUAUUGUUGACGAGGGGAAAAUCGCCACGUGUCUUGAGGUAGAGCUUAGGGCAUUGGGUGAAUGCGAUAUACACCAUGUUCUCGGCUUUGAACGAGAAUGGGCAAAAAAUUACAUACGGGCCAAGGAGCUGGACGAUCGUGAUUUGGAGGAAAAAUUGCUGAGGAUAGCCGAAGAGUCACCUGAGCCUGCUAUCGAAAAUCCUGAACCGAUGGGUGUGCAGUCCUCGGUGCCUUCGACUUCCACCGCAAUGGGGCGAUUGGCUAGGGACGGGUUCACCCGUUCGCGAAUAACCCAGAGACAUCUGGAUGCUUCCUCGAGUGGAGAGAACUUUUUGAAGGGACUCGAAGCACUCACUAAAGAGGUCCACGACAGCAUAACGACAGUCGCCCAACAUCAGCCUCUAUUAAAUGCCCAUCAACUCUCCCCAAUAGUGGCGCCCCUCAUGGAUGAGCUUUUAUCAAUACGCGAUAAGCCGCUUGGCGAGCAGACCGACUCCCCAAUGCUUCAAGUGACACACGUUCCUUUUGUCACUAUAUCCGACAUCAACAAGAUGGAGGAUGCACAUUAUCUUCGGAAUAUUCGAGACUUGUCUUUGCAGAUUCGACUCUACAACAAGUUUAUUCCCGAUACCGACUUCGAGGAACAGCCGCCAAUCAAGAAGAACAUGGGGCAACCCUGGUUGCAGUUCGACUCUGCCAACCUCGUCCGGACGACCAAAUACUAUAUAAACUCCUACAGAGACGAUUACUUCAAGAGGCCUGCAUCUGGUCGCGGUGGUUGGGGUUGCCCAAGGUCUUCACUAUUUACAUUCAAACGGGCUACAUCACGGGGGCUACAUGCGGGUGCCAUUUUGUUGGCACGCAAGGAACACCUCGAAUCGGAGGUUGUCAUUGUGUUCCAAGUUCGAGGUCAACCCUCCCUUGAGCCUUGUAAUACGACUCGCAGGGCAAAGCGCAUUACGAUGCAUGGCACCCGAGGUACUGUUCUUUAUAACCACAAAGCCAUGUUUGAGCUUACUUCUGGCUCUCCAACUUUAAUCAUUUUACAAAUUUUUACUCACAAAACACCAUUCGAAGGUGUACCCAUGCCACAUGGGCUUGUCGCCUUUCUAGUCCAAGGCCCGAUCCCCAAUCAUCCAUCUACCACAUUGACGGAGUACGGCCCGAUCCUGAAACGGAAACGGACGCCAGCAUACACUAUUCCUGCGACUAGCGACGAUGCGCUAAAAGCGGCAGCUAUUGCUGCGGCCGAAGUUCUUCCUUCGGAAGAAGAGGGCCAACGUGUGUCGAACGAAUUGGAGCCGGUACGGAAGGAACUUAUGCGUGAAGUUCGAUUAUGGAGCGAAUUAUCACACCCUAAUGUUCUCGAAUUUUACGGGUUAUAUGACGCUGGAGGGAUGUCUAUAUACAUGAUUUCUGGGUGGAUGUCCAAUGGUAAUGCGCCUGAUUACUUGUUAAAGUGUCCGGAUGCAAAUCGCCGAGACAUUGUUUCCGAUGCUUUGAAAGGUCUCUGUUACUUGCAUGAAUUAGGCAUAUUACAUGGUGAUUUAAAAGGGGCCAACAUAUUGAUCAAAGAGGACUGUACCGCAUGUCUAUCCGACCUAGGCCUGGCUCGGGCGUCUCAUGAAGCAACAAUCACAAGAACUCUACGAAUUCCAAUUAAGACUAUGGAGAGUGAUAUUUUUGCGUUUGGAUUGGUGAUUAGGGAGCUCCUGGGUAAUGAAAUACCCUACUCUGAGAUACAAUCCAUACCGCACAUCAUACGAUUGAUAGCAAGCGGAUCGCGACCUUCUCGUCCCAAGAAUCUUAUUGCUAGCGAAUGGCUUUGCGAUAAGAUGUGGGAGAUCGUCGAGGCUGCCUUAGCGGGAAACCCCGAACUAAGGCCGACAGCUUGCGAGCUUUCCCAACACCUUAGUCGUAUCCCAAUGGCGACCCGCCAUGCCCCGCGAAGAAGAGUCUCGGAGCCCAACCCACCCAGACCGAAGCUUCGAGAGUUAACGUAUUGGGCCUACAAAGAUUCGUGCACGAUGGCCGCCCAACGCGUUACGGUCACUGCCCUCAAUCAACAGUUUAUUAUAGAUGCUGAAUACCAGUUUGUCAAGGAGCUUGGUCAGGGCGCAUAUGGAUGCGUGUUGGCCGCCAAACACCGCAGGUCCGGCGAAGGCUGCGCGAUCAAGAAGAUCACAAACAUUUUUACCAAGCGUAUUCUGACGAAACGUUGUCUGCGUGAAAUUAGGCUAUUGCACCACUUUAGAGGGCAUAAGAAUAUAACGUGUCUCUAUGACAUGGAUAUCGUCUUUGAUGCCAGCGGAAACUUUAACGAAGUCUACCUCUAUGAAGAGCUGAUGGAAGCCGAUCUUCACGCGAUCAUCAGGUCUGGCCAACCGCUAUCUGACGCGCAUUUCCAGAGCUUCUUGUAUCAAACUCUUUGCGGCCUCAAGUAUAUCCAUUCAGCAAAUGUACUUCAUCGUGAUCUCAAACCUGGUAAUCUUCUUGUCAAUGCCGACUGCGAACUCAAGAUCUGCGACUUUGGUCUGGCUCGAGGAUAUGUGGCUUCUGGAGGCGACGCCAGGGCUGCUGCUGGUAACCAAGGCUUUAUGACCGAAUACGUUGCGACGAGAUGGUACCGUGCUCCAGAGAUCAUGUUGAGCUUUGCAACUACACUACUGCAAGUAGUCGAUGUCUGGUCUAUCGGGUGUAUUCUUGCAGAGUUGCUCGGAGGCAAACCUAUUUUCAAGGGACGCGAUUACGUUGACCAACUGAACCAAAUCCUCCACCACCUCGGUACACCGAGUGAAGAUACCCUGCGUCGCGUUGGAUCUCCUCGUGCCCUCGAUUUGUUGGGAAAACUUCUUGCAUUUGACCCUGCGAAACGCAUCAGCUGUGAACAGGCCUUGAGCCACCCUUACCUGGCUGUCUGGCAUGAUCCUAGUGAUGAGCCUGUCUGCUCCUCAACGUUUGAUUUCGGAUUUGAGGAAGAAGACUCUGUCGAAGGCAUGCGCCAACUUAUUGUAGAUGAAGUCAACGCAUUCCGCCAUGCUGUCGCUCGCAAGCUCGUGCUGCUGGGGCAGCUCGAAGACAAGAUCCCCUUCCUGUCCCUUCGCGCGACGAUUUACACCCGUGACUCUGGAAGGGUACCAUCUCCAGUUGUAGACGACCCUUCCGCAGACUUAGCGUUCGAGGCCCUACGUCACAAGGCUCGUGAGCCAAUGGCAUUCGUACCGGUGAUCGCCUCCUGCGAGGUUUUGGAGGAAAACUCAAAGUACAUCAAGCGAAAGGUGGCUCUGAAGACCGGCCUCGAGAUGACGGAGGACAUAGACCUCUACGCGCCGUCGCUGAUAACGUUCAAGUCGAACACGGGGGCAUUUGUCACAAAUCUCAUCUCCGAGAAUGCCGAGGGGGAACGUUUCUAA